UACAUUGGCAACGAGCAGGAGCUGAACCGCGAGACCAUGAGCAGCAACAUCGACGACCGCACCAUGCACGAGCUGUACCUGUGGCCGUUUGCCGACGCGGUGCACGCCAACGUGGCCAGCGUCAUGUGCAGCUACAACAAGCUCAACAGCACGUGGGCGUGCGAGAGCGACCGCGCCAACAACCAGCUGCUCAAGAAGGAGCUCGGCUUCCCGGGCUACGUCAUGAGCGACUGGAACGCCCAGCACACGACCAACGGGGCCGCCAACGGCGGCAUGGAUAUGACCAUGCCCGGCAGCGACUACGGCGGCAAGACCAUCCUGUGGGGCCCGCAGCUCAACUCGGCCGUCAACAGCAACCAGGUGUCCAAGGCCAGGCUGGACGACAUGGCCAAGCGCAUCCUCGCCGCCUGGUACCUGACGGGCCAGAACUCGGGCUACCCGGCCAUCAACAUCAAGGCGAGCGUGCAGGCCAACCACAAGGAGAACGUGCGGGCCGUGGGGCGCGACGGCAUCGUGCUGCUCAAGAACGACGGCGGCAUCCUCCCGCUGAAGAAACCGGGCAAGGUGGCCGUCAUCGGGUCCGCCGCCGUCAACAACGACAAGGGCAUCAACUCGUGCACCGAUAAGGGCUGCAACACGGGCGCGCUGGGCAUGGGCUGGGGGUCGGGGUCGGUCAACUACCCCUACUUCGUAGCGCCGUACGACGCUAUCAGAUCCCGCGCGCAGACCGACGGCACCACCGUCACGCUCCACAACUCGGACAGCACGGCCAACGUGGCCAGCGCGGCAUCGGGCGCCGACGCGGCCGUCGUGUUCCUGACGUCGGACUCGGGCGAGGGCUACAUCACAGUCGAGAAGGUGCUGGGCGACCGCAACGACCUGGACCCGUGGCACGGCGGCAACCAGCUGGUGCAGGCCGUGGCAGCGGCCAACAAGAACACCGUCGUGGUGGUGCACAGCGUGGGGCCGGUCAUCCUCGAGACCAUCCUGGCGCUGCCGGGCGUGCGCGCCGUCGUGUGGGCCGGCCUGCCGAGCCAGGAGAGCGGCAACGCGCUGGUCGAUGUCCUGUACGGCGCCACCGCGCCCUCGGGCAAGCUGCCCUACACCAUCGCCAAGAGCGCGUCCGACUACGGCACCGCCGUGGUGAGGGGCGACGAUAGCUUUGCCGAGGGCCUCUUCAUCGACUACCGCCACUUUGACAAGGCCGGCAUCGCGCCGCGCUUCGAGUUUGGUUUUGGCCUGUGUAAGUCUCCCCUCCCUUCUUCCCUCGUAAACGAGCCAUAACCCUCAUUACGCACCUAACUGAUAUCCCGUAAAGCAUACACAAACUUCACGUACUCGGACAUCGCCAUCACAACGACCGCGAAAUCCGGCCCAGCAACCGGCACCGUCGUCCCGGGCGGGCGCGAGGACCUCUUCGACACGGUCGCGACAGUCACAGCAACCAUCACCAACUCGGGCGCCGUCGCCGGCGCCGAGGUCGCGCAGCUGUACCUCUCCCUCCCAGCAUCCGCGCCCAGCGCGCCGCCGC